GCCUCUCAUCUUACAACAUUUUAUAUAACCGGAUGAUACAACAUAUACAGUUAACAGUACAGAGCGAGCGGGACGGCGGUAUACGUUUGUAUACAGUGUGUCGUUUCGCUCUCGUUCCGUCUCUGUCACGCGGCGCGGCAGCAACUGUUCGCUUGAAAAUGAAUCAACAGUGUUCGAAACAACUCGCCGGAGUGUGUCGCCUUAACUGUAACGUUCGCGUUCCACAUUCGAAUUGCUAUUCUUUUUUUGAAAUUUAAAAUUGUAGAAUAGUGUUGUUGCAUAAUGUUGUUGUUGUGUCAGUAGUUGCGCGGUAGUUGCAGUUGUCAGUUGAUUUAGUUGCAGUUGGAUUGUUAUUUUGAUGGAAAUGUCUCUCCCGAACGGUGUGGACGUGUCUCAGCUGGUGCAGCACCCGGUGCUGGCUGCACUGCCUCCCUUCUUCCUCAGAGCUUCCGAGAGAUAUCAGUCCUCCCUGCCUCACCAGCGGACGCCGAAGUGCGCGCGCUGCCGCAACCACGGCGUGGUGUCGGCGCUGAAGGGCCACAAGCGGUACUGCCGCUGGCGCGACUGCGUCUGCGCCAAGUGCACGCUCAUCGCCGAGCGGCAGAGGGUCAUGGCUGCACAGGUGGCGUUACGUCGCCAGCAGGCGCAGGAGGAGAACGAGGCCCGGGAACUGAACCUGCUGUACGCGAGCCAGACGUCCACUGCACCACACCACUACACCGACAUGCCUGAGGACUCACCAGUUCAGAAGCGCGCCCGCAUCACAGAAGUCUGCUCCAGUCCAUCACCACCGACAGAGUCACAACAAGAAUCAAAAACCCCCGCCCCCACCCCACCACUCGCUACCCCUCCCCCGCGCUCGCCUUCAGACCACGAACUAAACGUAGAAGAAGAACUAGAAGAGACAGAACCUUCACUAACACCUGAAAACCUUUCAAUGAAGGAGCAAAGAGAAGAAGUUCCCGUCAAGAAGGAGGAAGAAGACAAAUGGGACAACCCUGACUUCAAGUACAAGAUGUUCAGACGAGAGAGGAAGGAGACGGUAGAGACUGUCACCGAAGACCCUUCUCCGUAUCAGAAGUCGCCGGUAGAUGUUCUAAUAAAGGUGUUCCCGAGACGCAGUCGGCAGGAGAUUGAAGGGAUCCUGGCGAGGUGCAAGGGGGACGUGGUGGCUGCCAUGGAGAUGAUGAUCAACGGGGAGAACGCGAACCCUUACCAGGUGACCCAGGAGUCGCCUCCAUACAUGCAGUAUCAGUCGAAAUCUGCCUUCUCUCCUCUAUCGAACCAGAGCUUCAAGUUCUCUCCAUCGCGCCGGUUCCUCACACCGCCGUACAGUGGUACUGGGUACCUGCCGACAGUGAUCCGACCUCCUCCUGAGUACCUGUCCUCGUUCAUGCCUCCCUCCGAGCUCAUGUAUGGCAGACAGCUGCAAGUUCCAUCACCAGGGACCUCCCCAACCUCUGACAAUACGAAUAACGACGGGUUUUCUGAUUAGGGGUACCUGAAAUAUUGGACUGUGCUGUAAUGCGUCAAGGGGGUUUAGUGUGUCACAGCUGCUAACAAGUCCUUGGAAGAAGGUCUUUAAAGGGAUCUGCGGUGACGCGUGACGUCACAAGGCUGUAGUGUAGUGCUGUGUCAAAGACUUUGUUCGAUAUCAUAGUCACUUUGUUUUAGUAUACAGCUGCUAUACAUCUUGAUACUUUCGGAAUAUAUAGGCGACUGUACAAGGCUUAAAAAUGUUUGUAGCGACUCGAUUAGUAUACACUAAAUUAAAUAUUAUGUUAUUAUUUUAAAAUAUAUUACGGACAUUCAUCUAAAUUCUAUGUAAAUAACGAUUUCUAUAUGAUAUUCUCUUAAAUAAAAAUGAUUUUAUUUUUAUUCUUAUCUCUUAGUGAUUAAAGUUUAAUUUUCUUUACAAGUAGAUAUUUAAAAAAAUAUAAGUUAUGAUGUAAUGUAAAUAUGACGUAUUUGCUCGCUUAUACUCGUAAAUGACUAGAUUAUCGUAAUUUUAUAAAGUAAACACUACCUUAUGUACUUAAUAGUAUAGUUGAGAUUUACUUGUAGCAUUUGUCGUAGAGUAGGGAAAUAGAGAGUAGCGUGCAACGCUGCGAUGUAUAAACAUGUACAUACAUACAUACAUAAUGAUAUACCUAGAUACGUAUUAAUAAAUUAAUAAUGUAGUCAAGUACCAACACUAAUAGGUCGGCGAUUCAAUUUAAUUAGGAAUUUAUUUGGAAUAUUUUAUUAUUACGCUUUCAUAUGUGUCAUAAUAUUAUAUUGGCGUGCAACGUGUCGCGGGUUCGAUUCCCGCGUCAAUAGUAUAUAUAUAUUAUAUUCAAAGUAAAAUUACCAUUAUCAGCCCGGUGUCUCACCCUCUUGCCUCAGAAAGUACGUAAAGCUGUUGGUCCGGCACCUGACCUCUCUUCAGUGGUGUCGGUCUGCCGUCCCAUCAGGUUCAGAGAGUGCGGGACACAGAGAACACCUGUGUUGGCACUCACACUUGUGUAUUAUAAUAUCUCCUGUGUAGUGACUGUGUAGUGACCGAAAUCGAUUAGGGAUCGACUUUAUUUUUGUUGCGUUUCAAAUCAAGCUUAUGGAAUGGUAUUUGAAUGUAUAAUUUGUGUUAAUUCUCACAUUAUUUUGUAACAAAUUGAUUGUGUGAACAUUAUAUAACUACAGCAUUCGUAAAAUGAUUUAAUAUUAAUCCAAAAUGUUCUAUUUUAUUAAUAAACCUUUGAAUUAAUUGUAUAAUUAUCUUUCUCUUGAUCUAAUACAUAAUAAUGUAAAUAAAGAAACUCUGAAUAGAAAUAGAUGUAUACCCUUAGUACGAGUUUGAUUUGUGUUGAACGAAAACAAAACGAGAACGCGUUCGGCGCUCUGAUUGGCCGGUGCGAAUGAACCAACCAAUCAGAGCGCCAAACGCGCUCUCGUUAAACGUAAAACAAACUCGUACUAAGCCCUCUGAUAUGAGAUUAAUUGAAUAGAAUCUGUAUAACGAAUAAAUAAAUAGAUUUUUAUUAAGUAAUUUUAAAUUGUACUUAGAGUUUAGUAGUCAACCUCUUAUAUUUUUGGUAUAAAAUGUUAAAUUAAACUAUUCAUGCGUCUAAAACCUUUUCUAUUUAUACAACGUUUAAGUAAAAGCAUUGAAUAACUGAAAGAGGUUUUAAUACGUUUAUGAAUACAGUGCCCGGCAAUAAAUAUUGCACACUUUUGGAAAUAGGUAAUUUUGUAAAUUAGAACGAUCAACAAAAUUUAAUUAGAACGAGAAAAAGAAAAACUUUUUCAAUAUUGUUACAAUUUUAGAAGAAUACUCAGUACAUAAUCAUAGGAGGUAAACCCGGUGAUUAAACUAAGGGUACACGAUUCGCAUUUGACGAAUGCAUGCAACCUACAAAUGACGAUAAGCGCGUUUAACGUUAGCGCUUGUAGGACAGUUUUCAUUGUUUCUAAACAAGAUAUAAUUAUUUGUCACUUGUAGGCCGCAUGCGGUCAUUUGUAGGUUGCAUGCAUUCGGCAAAUGACGCUUUAUAGAAAAUGCGCCUUAGCAAAUUGUCUCUUUCCAAAAGUCAAUGUGCAGUAUUUAUCGCCGGGUACUGCCCUACAGUUAAUUUAAAACUCUAUGUAAUACGUAUUAACGAUGAUAUUCGAAUGAAAUACUCGGUAUGGUUUAGUGUUCAAUAGUUAGCUAAUGUUAGUUAUGUGGUAACUGUACAUACUAGGCAUAGUCCCGUGUUUACUCGCAACUAGAACACAUUGAUACUGUACUGUAACAUAAUAAAUAAACGUGCUCAAUAAAUCAGUACA